CACUGGCUGUCUGUGAGGAUAGCAGGGUGAGGCAAGGUGACAGCAAGACACUCGCCCCUGGACUUUGGGAUCAUUAGAGUCCGGAUUGCUUUAUAAGCUGCAGAACCUCACAAGCAGUGCCAAGUGGAUUUGUAGAUACAACAACAAACUCAGAUAUAAGAGCCAUGAAGGUCCUUGUUGUGCUCGUCCUUGCCGUUUUCACUGGCUGCAAUGCCAACAUCUUCUUUGCUGAUGCACCCAAGCCCCAGAUGGAGUUGCUGACUGAGGCCUUCUGGGACUAUGUCGCCAAGGCAACAGAGACAGCUGAUGACACCCUCCAGAUGAUCAAGAAAUCACCGUUUGGCCAGGGUGUCAAUGCCCGUCUGGAUCAAACUAAAUAUGUGGCCGCCCAUUCUGCGCUCACCAUGCACGAGCAGCUUCGCCCUGCAACUAAGGACAUGAUCCACAAAGUAAUCACAGAGGCCGAAGAGCUGAAGGGGCGUGUGGAAAGGGAGCUAGCCGCUGCCCAGGAAGUCCUGAAGCCCUACACCGACAACAUGAAGGUCCAGAUCCAGCAGAGAGUGGAGCAGCUCAAACAGGAGCUGGCCCCUUAUGCUGAGUCCCUUGACACAGAGGCCAUGAGAGCCACCCUGGAGCAGAAGAGCGAGGAGCUGAAGCAGAGUGUGAAGGACCUGCAGGCUCAGCUCGGGCCCUACACCGAUGACCUGAAGCUGAAGGUUCAAGAAAUGGCCCCACCCAAGCCACAGAUAGAAUUGCUGAAUGAGGCCUUCUGGGACUAUGUCGCCAAGGCAAAAGAGACAGCUGAUGACACCCUCCAGAUGAUCAGCAAAUCACCGUUUGUCCAGGGUGUCAAUGCCCGUCUGGGAGACGGGUUAAAGGCGGCCUUCUAUUUUGCCUUUGAAGUGCAAGACCAGGCCUUCAAUUUUUCCGAAGCCGUGCACGACCAGCUUCCCCCUGCAGCUAAGGACAUGAUCCAAAAAGUCAGCAGAGAGACCUGGCGUGUGGAAACGGAGCUGGCAGCUGCCCUGAAGCAAUACACCGACAACAUCCAAUGGCCGCCCUAUACGUUGAGGAUCUGAGAGUAAAGCUGGACCCCUACGCCCAGGACCUCCGGGCCCGCCUCACCUCCCUCUACGAGGCCUAGCCCAAUCCAAAUAAAUCAACCUCCCCCUCACCUUAAAGGGAAAGUAACUGCAUCAACAGAAACACAAUAAUCUGACCCCGGGACACAAAAUGAACAAAACGACAACACAAGCUAACCAGUUAUAAAUGUUUUAAGAAAAUAAUGACUUGGGGGUUAAUGACUGUGUUAGUAAAUUAAUGAAAAGGGAACAUACCUUAGUAGAUUCUGAAAAUCAGAAAAACAGAUGUUUUUUCUGCAUUGUGAAAUCAGACUGGGGAAAGUGGACAUGAAAAACUAAAAAGACAAAUUGAAGCAGCAAACACAUUAUGAGCUGCACUGAAGCUCAUGAGUUUACUGUGCAUCACCUAUAAUCACUCGUGAAAGCAAGACAGGUGAAAACAUUUGGUAACUAAAGUGUACUGAAGAAAUGUUGUGUAAUAUGCAUUCUUAAGUAAGAAACUAAUUAUUGUAUAUAUA